AUGCACCAAUUGUUGAAACGUUCGAUAAGUGUAAUAAGUGUAAAAGAUAGCUCCAAGCGAUGGGUGCUACCGACGCAUCAGUUUAUUCACACGACAAGGCCAAGCUUAUCGGCCGAACCUAGCGGUAACCGGCCGCAAUCUUUGGACACCACACCGUCAUCGGCAGCAACGGAAUCGACAGUUGAUAGUGCUGAUAAGGAUAAACAAAUAAUGUAUUACAACACACCGCUAAUCGACAGCUUUGGACGGUUUCACAGCUAUCUGCGAAUAUCGCUUACCGAGCGGUGCAACCUACGCUGCAAGUAUUGUAUGCCCGCCGAAGGUGUACAACUGACCAAGAAAGAUCAGCUACUGACCAGCGCGGAGGUUAUACGGCUUGCGAACCUUUUCGUGACCGAAGGCGUGCGGAAGAUCCGACUAACCGGUGGUGAACCAACCGUGCGCAAAGAUUUAACCGAGAUCGUUGGCCAACUGAAGGCCACCAAUCCGCUGCUCGAGAGUGUCGGCAUCACCACAAACGGACUAAUGCUAACGCGGCAACUUGUUGGGCUGCAGCGGGCCGGGCUCGAUGCCAUAAACGUCAGCCUGGACACGCUACGUGCGGCCCGGUACGAGCAGAUAACCCGCCGGAAGGGCUGGGACCGGGUAAUGGCCGGUAUUGACCUGGCGAUCCAGCUCGGCUAUCGGCCGAAGGUGAACUGCGUGCUGAUGAAGGGCUUCAACGAUGAUGAGAUUUGUGACUUUGUCGAGUUGACGCGGGAUCGGAACGUGGACGUGCGGUUCAUCGAGUACAUGCCCUUUACCGGUAACCGGUGGGACACGGACAAGAUGGUGUCGUACCGCACGAUGCUCGAUACGAUACGGGCCCGCUAUCCCGCGUUUGAACCGCUACCGAACGGACCGAACGAUACGUCCAAAGCGUACCGCGUGCCGGGGUACCGUGGCCAGAUGGGGUUCAUUACCUCGAUGACGGAACAUUUCUGUGGCAGUUGCAACCGGUUGCGCAUCACGGCCGACGGCAAUCUGAAGGUGUGCCUGUUUGGCAACACCGAGGUGUCCCUGCGCGAUGCCCUCCGCAGCCCCGGCUGCAGCGAGGACGAUCUGCGCUGUCUCAUCUCGGCCGCCGUCAAGCGCAAAAAGAAACAGCACGCAGGAGCAUCGGCACUUUCGACAUCAUUUGUACAGAGCGCAUCACACCGCCCCACCACACUGGCCCACGCAGGCGGGCUGCAAUGCAGACGAUACUCUUCCCUCAGUCACGUGGACGAGCACACGGGCCGGGCAACGAUGGUCGACGUAGACGAUAAGGUGUCGACCAAGCGGGUCGCCAAGGCACAAGCCACCGUGUACGUGGGCCCAACCAUUGCGGCCCUGAUUGAAAACAACGAGCUCAAAAAGGGUGACGUACUCUCGAUCUCACAGAUGGCCGCGAUCGUAGCGGCGAAGAAAACGUCCGAUCUGAUACCGCUUUGCCACAACAUUCCACUGUCGUCGAUUAAGGUCGAGACGAGCCUGAACAGUUCCACCAACGAGGUGCACAUCUUGGCGAAGGUGAAGUGUGACGGCAAGACGGGCGUUGAGAUGGAAGCACUGACGGCGGUUUCGAUCGCCGCGCUGACCGUGUACGAUAUGUGCAAGGCGGUGUCACAUGAAAUCCUCAUCAAGAACAUCAUGCUGGUGGAGAAAACCGGUGGCAAGAGCGAGUUCUACCGGAAGCAGUUUAAUCACGAACCGACGCUCGAGUCGCGUACGAUGGAAUCACGCGAACCGGACCAGAUGCCGAUCAUUACGCGCGGCUACCGGACGGAUCCGAUCAUCACGAGCGAACCGUUCGUGCCGAUGUACAUUUGA